CUCACUGUCCCCCCUCUCCAGGUGUCCUCGCUGCCUCCCAGCCCUGCCCAGUGUCACCAUGCCUCGGGGCCAGAAGAGCAAGGUCCGUGCCCGGGAGAAACGCCAUCAGGGCCGCGGUGAGGCUCAGGGUGUCGGGGAUGCUCCUGAUGCUGUAGCAGCAGCAGCAGAGGAGGAGCCCCCCCCUGCUCCCCCGUGCUCCCCGGAAGAGGCGGGUCCAUCUUCACCACCACAGGGUGGCUCAGCCCCUGGAUUUCCUGGCCCAGGGUCCCCAGGCCUGCCAGGUGACCAGGGUGCAGAGAACCUGGCCGCAACUGCGGCCCCAGCCGCCCCCCUGGCCGCUCCCCGGGCCGCUCCCCAGGCCGCUCCCCGGGUUGCCCUCCGGGCCAUCCGCAAAAACCCUCUGAUCCGCAAGGUCGGGAUGUUGGUGCAGUUCCUGCUGGAGAAGCACAGCUCUGGAGAGCCCAUCACACGGGCGGCGCUGCUGAAGAUCGUUGGCAGGAAGUACGGCGAGCACUUCCCCGAGAUCUUCAGGCUCACCUCCCAGCGCAUGGAGCUGGUCUUCGGCCUGGAGGUCCGGGAGGUCGAUGCCCGCGGCCAGUCCUACACGCUGGUCAGCAAGCUGGCCCUCCCAGGCGAGGGCACCCUGGGCGGCGGCGGCAAGGGUCUGCCCAAGACCGGCCUCCUGAUGGCGCUCCUGGGCGUGAUCUUCAUGAAGGGCAACCGCGCCAGUGAAGAGGAGGUCUGGGAGUUCCUCAAUGUGCUGGGCGUGCAGGAGGGCAAGAGGCACCUGGUCUUCGGUGAGCCGCGCAAGUUCAUCACUGAAGACCUGGUGCGCCAGGGCUACCUGGAGUACCGCCCGGUACCCGCCAGCGACCCUCUGCGCCACGAGUUCCUGUGGGGCCCACGGGCCCGCGUGGAGACCAGCAAGAUGCAGGUGCUGCAGGCCCUGGCCAAGAUCAACGACACCUUGCCCAGCUGCUUCCCUCAGCUAUAUGAGGAGGCUCUGCUAGAGGAGGAGGAGCGCGUGGUGGGCCGUAGCAGGCGCCGGUUCUAGUCAGGCAGCUGGGGCGGCUGCUUUCCCCUGGGGUGGGAGAGGGCACUUUCCCAGUAGUGCAGACCCCUAGGGAUGGGAGGGAACAAAGCAUAGGUGUUCUCACAGUUAAGAAAGAAUUCAACAUUUUAAGUAGUGGGGUUUGAGGUGGAUGUAGUUUUAACAAAGCAUAUCUUCUUUUUGUCACUUCCUCACAUGAGUUAUUCAAGGUAAAGAUAAACAGAUAUUAGCUGAAGAUAUUUAGUAUUUUUUCAAAAUUUUUAAUAGAAAUUUUACUUAGCUUCAUAGUAUAAAUAUAUAAACAACGUGGGCCAUAUAGUUUUUGCUGUUUAAAAGGUUUUAAUGUUCCAGUUUUAGUAUUUAUGAAACAAUUUAAAAAUACUCAAUAAUUUGUUCAUGAUCCAGACAAUACAACACGCCAUCAGAACACAAUUUACAUGGAGAUGUGAAGGAAUCCAAUAGCAAAAUAGCUGGGAUCACAAAGUGUAUGAAAAAGCUUUUAAAAUUUAAGAUGUUCAAUUCUUUAUUUCUUUUAGUCUUUUAUCCCUAAUAUUAGAAGUUAUCUA